UGAGGGACCUCGCAUCACAAUGGAAUUCGAGUUUUUCAAUACUUCCCCAGUGCGCUACGAACGCAGCCCUAGUCCGUAUACUACUGUAUGUUCACCUCUAAAUUGAUGUCUAUUGAUUUCAUUAUUGUAAUCAAAUCCGUGAUGCUCCAUUUUGUUGGGUGAAGGGACGGAACGCGAGGAAAAAAGAGAGAAAGAAAGAGACGGAAGAAAGGACGGAGGAGAGAGAUCCGGAGAGCAUGGCUCUUGCAACGCUGUCUCUCUGUGUGCUAACUCUCACCUGGGCAAACUUGUACCAGGUGUGUGCCAACAGGCACGCGGUGCAUUGGAACAGCUCCAAUAUACAUCUGCGUAGGGAAGGCUACACGGUGCAGGUGAAUGUCAAUGACUACCUGGACAUCUACUGUCCCCAUUAUAACGACAGCCAGCGGGUGGUCGGCACCGGGGAGCAGUACAUCCUUUACAUGGUCAGUUACCGUGGUUACCGGACCUGCGACCCCCAGCUGGGCUUCAAAAGGUGGGAGUGCAACCGCCCACACGCGCCUCACGCACCAAUCAAGUUCUCUGAAAAGUUCCAGCGUUACAGCGCCUUCUCCCUGGGCUAUGAGUUCCAUGUAGGCCAGGAGUAUUACUACAUCUCUACGCCUACUCAUCACCAUGGUCGCAGCUGUCUCAGACUGAGAGUGUAUGUCUGCUGUUCCACAGCGUCUGAUGCCGAUAAUGAACCGGAGCCAACAGAACCAGACUACACACUCAGACCAGACAUCAAAAUCCAGGACAUUGAUGAUUUUAACCCUUCGGUCCCUAAACUGGAGAAGAGUGUCAGUGGAACCAGCCCGUCCAAGGAUCGCCUACUCGUCACCAUAGCGAUGCUCCUCCUCGCUGCCCUUGCCAUCUCCUAGCAGCGGCCUUCCC